ACCGGUGCGUGUGGAUCCCCGGAAAUCAGAUGUCAUUACCCGACCCGGCUAAUUUGGCGAUCGUUCCUGCUCUUUUGUUUUUUGACAAUGCAAGCGGCGGGGACCAGCCGCACCUUUAGGAUCGUAUCCUCGGCGUCGCUGGCUCUUUGCACUGAAGAAGCCUACUAGGAUUGUCAGCUUCAUGGUAUAGCUUGCACAGACUGCAGUUGUCAUUGAUCUGCGGCCAGAGCCUCUGCUGAUAGUAAAGGAACAAAUUCAGAGCAAAGAUGAUGUGUGAAGUGAUGCCCACGAUCAGCGAGGACACGGCGCUGAGCCAGCGCGGCUCUCAGAGCAGCGCCUCAGACCCGGACUCACAUUUUGAGCAGCUUAUGGUUAAUAUGCUGGACGAACGGGACCGGCUGUUGGACACAUUGAGGGAAACCCAGGAGAGCCUCGGUUUGGCCCAGCAGCAUCUACAGGAUGUCAUCUAUGACAGAGACUCGCUGCAGCGGCAGCUCAGCUCCGCCCUGCCACAGGUGCAAUGCUUUGGCAGCUUUGGAAAUGCUGAAAGACAAAGAACAGUGCUGAUCAGAGGUGGAGAAAACACAGAGAGGAUUGAGAGGCUCCAUCCAAUCAGCACUAGGAAGCGCUAAGCCAUGCCCACCACACAUCUGUACAAUGACGUCAGAGUCCAGUGGACUGCAACACACUGACAGGUCUUUUUAUGUGACUAAUGUGCAGGAGGGCUUAGUAACCCGCGAUGGCAAAGGUGCUGCACGUCCACAAUCCUACUAUGCAGUAGGAGUUUAUAACAGCAGUCUUGCACGUCAACAUCUUAAAUGCCUCCAUUGCUGGCUAAAAAUUAUUAAGCAUCUUCAACUCCUUAUUCACACAUCCAUACAAGCAAUUUUUUCUAUGCUCUAUCUAGUAUUCACAGUCAUUCACAUUCAUACUCCAUCGGCUGCAUUGGAGAGCAAUUUGGAGUUAGCAUCUUGUUCAAGGAUAUUUGGGAUGCAGACUCAAGCAGAUGGGGGUUAUUGAUUUAAUUGAUUGAUUGUUAUCGAUACAGUAAGCCAAAAAAAGUACACUUACCUAUGUCUUUACUAUAAUAAAAAGUCAGAAGGUAUACUGACACCACACAGCUAAUAAUGUGUGUCUCUUUUAGAAUGUCUCCAUCUUGGUUAUAUUCUAAAAGCGUCUAAUCUUACGUCAUGAUUUCAAAUGUAAGGUCAAGCCCACGGUGAAUAUGCGGUAUUGUGCGACAGUGCUGAGGGUGAGUUUGAGAAGCAGUUCAGGGGUGCAGACUCAGCUCAGUCUGCUAAAUGAGAUCUGCUGCUCCACUGCUGGAAAUGCUGUUAACCUGCUAUGUCAAGAGCAAAUACUUUGAUGUCUCCCAGAACCAAAUCCCUCUGUCGGGUGUGAGGACACCAGCGAGUUCAACCCACUCAGCUUCACGGAUCUCACCGAGCUGUGGAACACACCAUGAACUUCUUGGGUAUUUCCUGUACUGACUAAACUAGAUUUGCUAUCUCAAUAACAGCUUAACACUAUUCUUGUGGAUCCAAUUAUCAUAGUCUGAGAUACAAAAUGUUAACUUGAAUGCUGGCAUGUAGUUCCAUGAAAAGAAAUAAAGGAGCCCGGACAGUGAAUUGAAUUAAACCAUUCAAUGAAGUGGAUUCAUCUCAUGAAAAGGUCACUUGAUGAGAGAAAAUUGAAUGAAAACUGGAUACAUGUCACCCUUGGUUGGAAGUCUGUUAGAGCAGAAAUGCUUUUUUUUCAUGUAAUAAAAGAAGU